AAGCCCAACACACCUCACCAAUCUCACUAUUUUUUCUCUCAAUUUUUUUUUUUUUUUUUCCAAUUUUCUCCUCCAAAACCUCAGCUAUAUAUAGAGAAACUCCUCUUUAGGGUUUCCCCUCUUCCCUGCUCUCUACUCUACUAUAACUAGCCAGAAAUUAAAGAAGAGAUAGAGAUUUCUACAUAAAGUAGAGAAAGAAAGAGGAGAAAAAUGGUGAAAGAAAAGAGAGAAGAGAUGGUGAUGAAACCUGCUUGGCUGCAAGGCUUGGUGGGGGAGACAUUCUUUGCCGGGUGUGGGACCCAUGAGAAUCGCAAGAAGAAUGAGAAAAACAUUUUCUGUUUGGUGUGUUGCCGGAGCAUCUGCCCUCACUGUGUACCUGCACACCGCUCUCAUCCGCUAUUACAGGUGCGGCGAUAUGUCUAUCACGACGUGGUCCGGUUGGAUGAUCUUGAGAAGCUCAUCGACUGCUCAUAUGUUCAGCCAUACACUAUCAACAGUGCCAAAGUAGUGUUCUUGAAUCAAAGGCCACAAUCAAGGCCUUUCAAGGGCUCUGCAAACAACUGCCUGACCUGCGACAGGAUCCUCCAAGAGCCAUUUCAGUUCUGUUCUCUCUCAUGCAAGGUGGACCAUGUGGUCCAACAAGGCGAUGAUCUGUCGAGCAUCUUAUACAGGUUCGACGAAUCCGAUUUUGCCUUCUCACAGUUUGAAGGCCUCAGGAUGGAUGGCUCAGAUCUCAUCGAGGACGAUGACCAGAUCACCCCCAGCUCAAUUUUGGAGGACCCAAUUCAGUUCAAGGGCUCAUCAUGCUCUAGCAACAACAGUGGGGCCCACAUGAGGGGAAAUGUGGGAAAUGCUGAGGAUUCUGAGGUGGUGAAGAGAAAGAAGGGGAGUGGAUUCCUCCCAAACAUAGUUCUCUCAUUGAGCAGGAGAAAGGGGGCCCCACAUAGAUCCCCACUUUCUUAAAUGGGGAAAUGGAAAAGAAAAUUCAAAGUAACAAGACUUUAUUUUAAGUACCUAUAUAUCUAUUAAUAUUAAUAGGGUUGUCUGAGAUAAGUUAUUACUGUAGAGUUCAAUGUCUGCAGGGGCUCCUUGAGUGUUUCUUGGAGGGGCAUUUAUGGAUUUUUCUUUCGUUUGGGAGGGCAUUUCCUUUACUGACCUGGUGGGCCACACACCAUAUUUCUUCAACGGCUCUUGUGGCUCCCAAUUUUGUAUUCAUGUAAUGGAAUGCUCAUAUCAUAUAUAAAUUCAGGCAUGUAUUUUGUGUUUUUUCA